CUUGGUGGGCGGCCUUCUGCCUCGACCGGUUGGGGUGAUUAUGAUGAUGAUGAUGGUGAUGAUGAUGAUGUUAAAUGUGAUCUUGAGCAAGAGCAUAUAGAGGUCUCUGGGCUUCGUUGGGGGUGGGGCUGGUCUGCAUGGGUGUCUAGCCUACGUGUUUGAAGUCAGACGUCAGAAGGGUUGUCUCUCAAGUUGAGACAAGUCAGUACUCCAGAUCUUUGGAAAUUGAUUCUUUAAUGACAAUAAAAGUGCUGUGAAAAUAAUUAAAAGCAUUUAAAUGAUUAAAAUGGUCACACAAAUAAAACUGCUACUGACAAGAUAACCAACUUCUUAUUUCUUAAACGUAGAAUUCUGUGAUAACAUGUUAUACAGUAUAAUCACAUUUUAUCAUAACCUAUCAUUAAAUUAAGAUGCAGGGCAUUGUUUGUGAGGAUUGUAAACAGAAACUUUGUAAAUAUUUAUAUACUGAAAGGUACUUUGGCUCUAUUACAGGGAGCCAAUAAACAUGGUCUGCUCUCACGUUCCCAAUCACCGCCUACGUGCGUUACGUGCGGUGACUGGCUUGCAGGGUUGGGGGGUCUGUCCUUUGCGUCAUCAAAGGGGCCAAAAACGUUACCAGGCAGGCUAGGACGUUGAAGACGUGAGCUAGAACCUCAUUGGUUAAAAAAUACAGUAGGCGGGGCGUUCGGGCAUAGCUAUUUAAUGUCUGGUUCCAUUGUCCGCAACUGUGUUUUCCAGCUGGACUGGCACGGUAGAGGGGUACUUUAUUUUUACCAUCGGAUUCUUUUUUUGUAUGCAAAUAUGUCUUUUUCGUGCAAUCAUUCUCUGGACGGCAGCUUUCCUCCAUCUCCAGCGGAGGACAGGGCUUCAAAGCGGUUGUCCUGGAGCACUUUGCUACAGAGACUAGUGGAGCUGAAGGGGGUAAAUCAGGGGGCCACAACGGAGCAGUGCUGCGGGAGCGAAACCGGAUCUGUGGCAGACAUGUCCCUGUCAGAGUCAGACAGUGAUUUCUUCUGUUAUCCUCUGGAGGAGAGCUUAGCUACAGAAGUUGUACAAGCCAUAACACAAAGUCUUCACAACGCAUCUCACAACUUGGGCUGCUCCAGACUAAUCUUGCCCGACUGUCUACUACACAGUAUCAGCCAGGAGCUGCUCCACCUGGCUGCCUGUGAGCCUUGUGGACUCAGGGGAGCACUUAUUGACCUGUGUGUAGACAGGGGGGGCCAGAACUCCCUAUGCACUGUGGACGAAAUAGUAGUGGAUUCCAGCUUGGUCCCGACCUUCCAUGUGACCCUGGUGCUGAGGCUUGAAUGCAGUGGACUGUGGCCUAAGGUUCAGAAACUGUUCAAGGGUAGCACUUCCCCGCAGACAUCUGCAUCAUCUCCAGGGCACCAAAACACUCUGAGGCUGAGUAGGAGCUUCAGGGCUAUCAAGAGAAAACUGUACUCAUCAGGGGAGCUGCUGAUUGAGGAGUGCUCCUAAUAGCUCCUCUCCCUGAUAAGCUGAACUUCACACAGACUGUGAAAAAGAGACUGGUGGGCUAAGCACAGUAUCUUAGGAGUCCAACAUUCAUGUCAAAUGGCACUGACAGGAUGGUCCCUAAGUAAUACCUACCUGUCUCCAUUGGUGUAGCCAGGAUUUCCCCAGAAACAAGUCUCAUAGCAGCUACUCACCUGGUCAUGGGUCAGGUUCUUUCCUAUGAAUGUAAAGUCAUGCACUCAAGAGAAUGGCUGUUAUCACUUGAAGCUUGAUUUUGUAAUGACUUAUAGAACAUUGAGAAAUAAAUUAUUUUGAUAAAUUGUGUCCUUCUACUCAUCAAUAGCUAUAUAAAUCCUAUACAGUACAUAGUAAUCACAAUUUUACAGUUUAAACAUAAAAAACAUACCAUCUUAAAAUAAUAUGAAUCAUUGUAAAAUGUGCAUUGUCAAUCAAACCAAUUUUGGCAUAUCAUUGGUAGUUACACUUUUCAAUAUUUAUUUUUGAUUUUCCAAGAGCUUGUGUGAGCAGUCUGUUUAUUUUUCAGCUGUGAGCAACUCCUCCAUUUCCCCUGUGCAUUACUCCGAGGGAGAGCGGUAUCCAUCAACAGCAGCGUCAUUCCAUUUUUUCACAGUUUCAGUU